AUGAUACUCAUAAUUCUGUUAAGCACGUUUUUCGGCCUAAUAAUCGCAACGCCGAUCGCAAACGUUUGGCUAAGCCCUGUAGGAUCACUGACGCCAUUGAGACAAUACCAUAUACAGGACGGAUCAGGGGGAUAUCAUUAUUCAUUCACGGGCCCUCAUCACGCAAAAUCGGAAUCCAGUUUGAACGGAAUCACGCAGGGUGGAUAUUCCUACGUGGAUGCAAAUGGAAUUUUGCAAACGGUGACUUACACGGCAGACGAUCAGAAUGGAUUCAGAGUGCGGGCCAGUAACUUGCCACAGCCUCCUAAGAACGAUCUUCAGACGAUACAAGACACACCGGAAGUGGCCGCGGGGAAGAAGAAUCAUUUGGAGGAGUUGCAGAAGUCGCAGUUGGGGGAUCCAUCGAAUUACCAAUCGAACAUUCUCUCUUACAAAAUUCUGCCUUCUUACUUCAGCUUUGCACAGUUGACGAAGGACGACGAGAAAAAUUUGGCUGCUCAAGAAAUCUCGCAAACCACGAAGAAUCCAUUCCUCCUCUCGAGAUCCGAGGCAGAAAGGAUCGAGGUGCCGAAACCGGACCCCAACCUCUCCAAGAUAUCGUCCCUCGCAACGAUCUCGACCUCGUCAUCGUCAUCGCCUCAAUCUGGCCAACAGCGGAAGGACCAAGGACACUCGUCCCAAGAAAAUCCCUUGCGGCUCAACAAACUCGUGCCACUGGACACGAUUCAAAGGCCCGUGACCUUGCCCGCCCCCUACGUACUUCCAGUUUUGCCGUUGCACAGACUGUUGCACAGCUCCCUUCACCACACUCAAGAUUCGUUGGGCCAAUACGACUACACUUACACCGGGGAUUCGAGCGCGAAAACCGAGUCUAGAUCGUUGGACGGGACGACAAGGGGUGCUUACAGCUAUAUCGAUCCGAAUGGGGUUUUACAACAGGUUCAUUACGUGGCCGAUCAUAAUGGAUUCAGGGUCAUGGCCACCAAUCUGCCGGAAGCUAAGUAA